UAUAGUAAAUCCUUAGUAAUAGCAUUGCGGAAAUAGUCCCCCUAAUUCUCAGGAGGAAUAGAGCAAACUUUAGUUCAUCCUAUUCUGUCGUUACAGGGCAGUAGCUUUACACUCUUUGAAAGCAAAACUCACCUGCCCUAACAUUAGCAGCUUUGAAGACAAGAGCCAGCAUGCUCCACCUCUGCUUAAAAGGAAGCAAGCAUUUGGGGGUCAAUUCGCAGCAGGCGUUUCAGUGUUGAAAAUGUUCUACUUAUCCCAGGCCAACCAGAGAAGGAUGUUUCUUUUCUAUUUUUGACUUUUAAGAAGCCUAUCGAGCCUCUGUUCGCAAUCCCCACCAAAGAAAAUGUUAAUUGGCUAGGUUCUGAGUUAAUCUCCCAGUGGCUCCAUUCCCAGAAUAUAUCAACUAACUUUUCCAAAUAAUAUAUUUAAAUUGCGAGAUUGUCUGAGGAAGACGAAGUUAAACCAUGUGGCCUAGAAUUAAUAAUGGUGAUCGUAUUUUAUUUGUUAGAAUCUCAAAGCAGUGAAAAAGCCAUAGAAUCUCCCUAGAAUCAUAGAAAUGUAGAGCUAGAUUCAGCUCUCUGAUUUGCUUUGUUGAUUCAGUUCAGGUCCUCCUUAUGAAAUCCUAUCACUAGCAUAUUCUAGGAGAAAUCUUCUGCUCAGGAUAGGACCUAACACCGUUUAGGAGAUAGUGGAUGCAUUUGAAAGCAAUCAACAGCCAAGGAAGGCAGUGGACAGGGUCAGAAUUUUUGUGAGGAUUUGUGCAUUUGAGAGCUUAAGCCUUCCCACUUACGGCUUUUACACCUUCCCACUUUUCUUUGCCUUCUCUUGGAAAAUGGGCAGGAAACUGUGCCCCUGCAGUUUGUAGUUUACUGCUAAAGUCCAACAGAACCAUCUUCAAGGCUUCUGAAAGCUGAAACAUGGAUUUGAGGCUGCACAGAUCCACAGAUAGAAGUUGCAGUAAGCUGUACGAGGCAAUGGUUUGAUGUGAGAUCUAGCAGCUUCCUGUUUCAGCGUUCUUAUGCUUUCCAGUCUGAGACUUUUUCCGGUUCCUGCUUUAAUAAGGGAGCAAUGCUACUGAAGCAAAUGAUGGCAAUAUGUGUUUUUACUACCUUCUGAACUGUAUUUUGGUGCUGGCCUAAGAAUAUGUGGCUGGAGGAUGCAUUUUAUUUUGUGCCAAGACUUACUCCUGAAUGACAUGCGCAGAGAACAGGCAGUGUAUGGUCUGAAAUAACAGUUGGCAAACAUGAACUGACGGGGCACAAAGUUGCGGUGAAGAUCUUGAACAGACAGAAAAUUCGCAGUCUUGAUGUUGUGGGGAAAAUCCGCAGAGAGAUUCAGAAUCUGAAACUUUUUCGGCAUCCGCACAUAAUUAAACUAUACCAGGUUAUCAGCACACCAUCUGAUAUUUUCAUGGUGAUGGAGUAUGUUUCAGGAGGUGAACUGUUCGAUUAUAUCUGUAAAAAUGGAAAGCUUGAUGAAAAGGAGAGUAGACGUCUGUUCCAGCAAAUUCUUUCUGGUGUGGAUUAUUGUCAUAGGCACAUGGUGGUCCAUAGAGAUUUGAAGCCUGAAAAUGUACUGCUUGAUGCACACAUGAAUGCCAAGAUUGCCGAUUUUGGUCUCUCAAAUAUGAUGUCAGAUGGAGAAUUUUUAAGAACGAGCUGUGGUUCUCCUAACUAUGCUGCUCCAGAAGUAAUUUCAGGAAGGUUAUACGCAGGGCCAGAAGUAGAUAUCUGGAGCAGUGGUGUUAUUCUCUAUGCUUUGUUAUGUGGAACCCUUCCCUUUGAUGAUGAUCAUGUGCCAACACUUUUUAAGAAGAUAUGUGAUGGUAUUUUUUAUACGCCUCAGUACUUAAAUUCAGCAGUAAUUAGUCUUUUGAAACACAUGCUACAAGUGGAUCCUAUGAAGAGAGCUACAGUGAAAGAUAUAAGGGAACAUGAAUGGUUUAAACAAGACCUCCCCAAGUACCUCUUUCCUGAAGAUCCUUCUUACAGUUCAACUAUGAUUGAUGAUGAAGCCUUAAAAGAAGUCUGUGAUAAGUUUGAAUGCACAGAGGAGGAAGUGCUAAGCUGCUUGUAUAAUCGCAAUCAUCAGGAUCCUUUAGCGGUUGCCUAUCACCUCAUUAUAGAUAACAGAAGAAUAAUGAAUGAAGCAAAAGACUUCUAUUUAGCUACAAGCCCACCAGAUUCCUUUCUUGAUGAUCAUUUUUCCCGACCUCAUCCUGAAAGAGUGCCAUUUUUAGUUGCUGAAGUACCACGGUCGCGCCAUACACUUGAUGAGCUAAACCCACAAAAGUCCAAACAUCAGGGGGUCAGAAGAGCUAAAUGGCAUUUGGGAAUUAGGAGUCAGAGUCGGCCAAAUGACAUAAUGGCUGAAGUUUGUCGAGCAAUCAAACAGUUGGAUUAUGAGUGGAAGGUUGUAAAUCCAUACUACUUGCGUGUUCGGAGAAAGAAUCCAGUAACAGGCACGUAUUCCAAAAUGAGCCUGCAAUUAUACCAGGUGGAUAGUAGGACUUAUCUACUGGACUUCCGUAGCAUUGAUGAUGAAAUUAUUGAAGGAAAAUCGGGGACUACCACUCCCCAGAGGUCAGGCUCUGUGACUAAUUAUAGAUCUGGUCAGAAGGAUUCGGACACUGAUGUUCAAGGAAAACCAUCUGAUGCGUCUCUUACCUCUUCAGUGACCUCUUCAUUUGACUCUUCUACAACUGAAUUAACCCCAAGAUCAGGGAGCCACACAAUAGAAUUUUUUGAGAUGUGUGCAAAUCUUAUUAAAAUACUUGCACAAUGAUUUAUAAGAUUGGCUUUUUUUUUACAGCAAUAAGCAUGCCGAAAAAGAAAAAAAAAUCAUAGUCAAAUGCUUCCAAUUAUAAUCAAGUUACAGUUAACUUUGGCACUGAGAAGACUAGCCACAUUGCAAUUUGCACAGGAAUUGAACUUGCAUUUAGAAGCAGUCUACACCUCAUACUGCAUCCUUCCCAAACCAGACGUUUUCCAGAUGAUGUAUUGGCCAUUCUGUCUGAAGAUUAGAGAGGGCACAUCUGGAGGCUUCCAGGUCAGGGAAGGCUGUCUUUAAUGUAAUGAAGCAAAGUAUGAUUAGAUAGUCCAGUGGUAUGAUGUGCAGGUAAAGAACAGUAUGUUUUUCAUUGUGUACCAUUAGGGCUUCAUGGAGUUUGACCUUUAUAUGCUGAUUAUAUAUUCCUUUUACAGUACAAGUGCUCACUUGCAAGAUCAAAAGGUGACUUUUGGAAACUGUCUUUGCUUAUAUUCUGUUCUGUCAAAAAAAGUGUUUCCCCUGUCAAACAGCACUUCAAGCAUCUGGCACUUACCCCAGGUUUUCAAUAGCCAGUGGUGCACUUGAGUGGAAAAGACAAAAAAAUGGUACCCUGCUUUUACCAAUUCAGGGUUAGGCCUGAAAAUGAUAAUACCAAAUAUAAUAAUGUUCGGUUUAAUUCCGUGAAGAAAAAGGCAGGGUCUAAAAAUAGAGUUUUCUCUAACAUCUGGUGCAUGUGACAGAUUUCAGAAGCACUUUGUAAAUGGUGAGGGGUGUUUUAUUGUUCCAACCUCGGAAGGCAGUUGGAAUUUAUAAUGCAUGUGCACAGCCUCCUUCCAUGAGUCUAAGCAGAUGGACCUUAGGGAGGAUUCAUGAGAGAUGGGUUUUUCCCCCACCACAGCACAGCUGAUCUGUGAGAAUGAUCAUGUGCUUCACCAGAUUGCAACUCUGCAGGUUCCUUGGCCCAUGCCGGGAGCCAGGAAACAGUUUUCUGCAGCUACGAUGGGAUACGGAUUCUGCACCUGAAUCUAAGCCCAGUGCUUCUGUGGCUGAUAGGAUAGCCCAAACUGGUGUAUCCCAUUCUCGGAAUCAUGCCCUGCCCUGCCUGCCCUGCGAUUUCAGUGGCUCCUGUUUUCACAUAGCUUUCAUACAGAUCUCUGGUAGAUAACUCUUCCAGUAAGAGUGACUGGGAUUUUGCCUGUGUUGCAUAAUUGCUUUUUUUACACGGCUUUUGUAUACUGAAUUAAGAUUUCUAAAAGUAUUGGAAGAUGAAGUAGCUUUGGUUUUGUUUUGAUACGUAUAAAACUUAACUGGCUAGGUCAGAAAUGAGUUGGCUGCCACAAAUGAAAUGUGUUUCUGGUAGCUUAUUGAAAGACUGCUAGAGAGAAUCUCCCACUACCCCCCCCCCAAAACCCUUGGCUUUUUAAAUUAAACCUAUGCUAAAGAAGGCUUGAUUUGAACUAAAUUAACAUUGGAGAAUGAUAUUGAAAUGGAAAUACUGUAUCAUAUUUCAACAAUUCUUAUUCAGUUUGGACAUCGCAUUUAACCAUAAUUAGCACUGUUUUUUUUUUUUUUUUUGGCAUUCCAGUUAAGAUUCCAAAUGUAUAAGCCCCGUUCAAAUGAGAUGAUAAACCAGAUUCUUGGAGAAUUGUGUUUCAUUUAUGAGUUGUAUUUUGCUGUCCUGUCUGUUCCUCUUUGCUAUCACAACUGCUAUAACAAACCAAGAUGUUCUUUUUUUCUUAAUUUUAUUGUCAGAACUAGGAAUUCUGUUCAUUUGCCCAAAAUAAACAGGGUUUCUCUUUUAGUUAUAAUUCUUGAGACCCUCAGUUCAUGUGAUUUAUUAGCUAAAUUGCUCCUGGUUUCUUUGUUGGUUGUGCUGAUGAUGUGGAAGAAAGAGGGAUUCUGGCAUAUUGUUCCUUGCUGAUCAGCCCACAGCGAAGAUAAUAAGACAGCAGUCAGAGUUUUCAACUUAAAAACAGAACAGUUGCUGAAAUUGCCCUAGAGAUGGCUUUCUUUGGCACAGGUGUUGCACUUUAGUCAGUAAUGCCAAUGCACUGAGUGAAAAUUUCAGAACCCAGGCGAAUCCUUAACUGUGAUUUUGGUAUGCGUAUGGUUAAGAAAAAAAAAGCCAUUAAUACGUGAUUAUGUAUUAAUAGGACAUGUGGUUAGGUUUAUAUAUCAUGCUAUGGCAUAGUCCCCGGGUUAAGAACACCUGGGUUACAGAUGAUCCAUAGUUAAGAACGGAGCCUAUUGUAGCAAAAUUCGAGUUAAAUGCACA